GAGCAGUUGUCUGGUUUUGCCUUCACUGCAAACGGAUGGGUCCAAUCUUAUGGAUCUCGCUGUGUGAAGCCACCAGUUAUCUAUGGUGAUGUGAGCCGUCCCAAGGCAAUGACCGUCUUCUGGUCCGCAAUGGCUCAGAGCAUGACCUCUCGCCCAAUGAAGGGUAUGCUUACUGGUCCCGUCACCAUUCUCAACUGGUCCUUUGUCAGGAACGACCAGCCCAGGCACGAAACCUGUUACCAGAUCGCUUUGGCCAUCAAGGACGAAGUCGAGGAUCUUGAGAAAGGUGGAAUCGGUGUCAUUCAGAUUGAUGAGGCUGCACUUAGAGAAGGACUACCACUCAGGAAAUCCGAGCAUGCUUUCUACUUGGACUGGGCCGUCCACUCCUUCAGAAUCACCAACUGUGGAGUCCAAGACAGCACCCAGAUCCACACUCACAUGUGCUACUCCCACUUCAAUGACAUCAUACACUCCAUCAUCGACAUGGAUGCUGAUGUCAUCACCAUUGAGAACUCCAGGUCUGAUGAGAAGCUUCUUUCCGUGUUCCGUGAAGGAGUGAAGUACGGUGCUGGAAUCGGUCCAGGAGUCUACGACAUCCACUCUCCAAGAAUACCAUCUUCUGAGGAAAUCGCAGACAGGGUCAACAAGAUGCUUGCUGUCCUAGAGCAGAACAUCCUUUGGGUUAACCCUGACUGUGGUCUCAAGACCCGUAAGUACACCGAGGUCAAGCCUGCACUCAAGAACAUGGUUGAUGCGGCUAAGCUCAUCCGCUCCCAGCUCGCCAGUGCCAAGUGAA